AUGCGCACUUUUCUAGCAGUCAUUAUAAUUUCAUUAUCUGCUGUAUGCCUUUCGACAGCAUAUACAAUAACACUUCAACCAAGUACAAAGGAAUGUUUUUAUGAAGAAUUACGUCAAGGCGAUAAAAUGACCAUUACUUACCAAGUUGGUGAUGGUGGACACUUGGAUAUCGACUUUAUGAUAAUUGAUCCGAAUGACCAUCUUUUAGAUUCAUCUGAAAGACAAAGCACUGGAACAUUUAGUUUUAAUGUUGAAGUACCCGGUCGAUAUACUUAUUGUUUCAGUAAUGAAAUGUCAACUGUAUCUGAAAAAGUCGUUAGUUUUAAUGCCCAUGGAAUUGUUUCUAUCCCAGAUGAUGGAUCACAUACAGAUCCUUUAGAAAAGGAAAUUCGUGAACUUGCUGAGGGUCUUGCUGCUAUUAAGGAUGAACAAGAAUAUAUAGUGAUGCGAGAACGUGUACAUAGAGAUACCGCUGAAAGUACGAAUGAUCGAGUUAAAUGGUGGUCAAUUUUCCAAUUUAUUGUUCUUUUUGGGAAUAUCACUAAAUAUAGCAUUUAUUCUGAGAGUGAAAUUUAA